UUUUUUUUUGCCAUGUAGUACAAUACCCCACAAAACAAACAAGUAAAGCAAGUUGGCUAAUGCUGGAAUUGGACUGGUGUGUGCUCAGACAGCAGAAUGACAAAUUAUUUUCUUUGACUUUGCUGAAAAAUGUGACCCUGACAUUUCAUAUGGGAUUUAUGUAAACAACUGCGAAAUCAUCUGAGCCAAACAGAGAGGCUAUUUCUUGGAAACCUGCAGGAAAUGCACAUGGGAAAUUCCCAUAUGCUGUGGCAAUCUUAAAAAUACUCCUGUGCUACCCCCACAGUGUGAAUGAUUAACCCAUGGAACUCAGGUUUUUGCAGACUUCUAGUUACAUGCCAGGUGAUUUGUGUGUGCAUUGUAUAUAGAAUUCAAGCAAUUAAAACUGUAAUUUUCCACCUGUAGUAGUUCAUAUUUACCAAAUUAUGUGCAGCAUUUCUCAGGGAAAUGUGCAAAUGACACGGUAGGCAAAUACGGCAGUGUGCAGAAUAUCAGCGUUUUCAAGGUGCUUACUGUACUCCAUAGUGCCUCCUUCCAUUGUAUGAAAACAAGUCCAUUCACAUUCUUACUGCUCGUCAUGUGCUGUACAGUGUGUGGCUCUAAAGUUCCUCGAUUCAAUCCCAGAUGUUUCGGGUAAGAUGUUGGCUGUCAUGGAAGUGGGGGCUUGUCCAGGAGUCAAACUGGUUUGGACCUCAGAUGCUCAGGGGAUCCUUUUCUCCAGCAUGUCUUUCUGGGGCUGCCCCUUUAAAAUGAUCAGAACCAAGAAACUGCAGCCAUUUUGUGACUGGCUGCUGCGUGCUGCAGCUCCCUGCCCUCCAUCUGGUUUCAUUGGAUGUACAUCUUUGUAUCAGAGCAUCCUGGCGGGAUCCUGGAAGCAAAGCUUAGCUUGUUCUACAACAUGUGGAGGAUUAAAAGAUAUCAGAGACAUUAAAAACUGACAACUGUAAUUUUAAUAUGCCAGGUAAACAGACAGAAUGUCCCAUUCUCUGAAGAUGAGCCUCAGAACACUGCACUUCAGGGGCUACUCAUGAUUCUGGGAGAAAUUCCUGCUGAGGUGAUCAGCCAACUGAUUCUGGCCCCUGGGAGAAGUCUUGCUGCCUAGCAGGAUAAGCCAUCUGCCUGAAGUACUGCUGGGAAUAUUGACAGUAUUGCUGCUGCUGUUGCUGAGCUCCAUAAUGAUGACUCUUAACUUCUGGUAUAACCCACAAUGAACAAACAGUGGCUGGAGAGUCCUUAAAGGAAUGCAGCAUCUCAUUAGUCUUUUUGGAAAACAAGAACUGAUCAUUGAAGAACAGCUCAGCUGCCAGCAAAAGCAGGUGCUCUCACCGUAUCUGAGCUCCAGAGGAAACAUUUAAAACAGUUGUCAGAGAUAGAGUUACAGCUUUGUAACAUACUGCAUGGAAACUUCAACUCUGGAAAUGGAAAACCUGAUGCUUGGCUGCAGUUCCUGUAAAGUUAUCUGGACACUGCUUAUAACAAUUUUAGGCUAUACCAGCUGUCUGCCUGUGGGUGAUGAUUCUGUUUGCACAGCAGAGGAAGUUGCCAAGUACAGCAUAGUCUUUGUAGGGAAAUGGAGUCAGGCUGCUUUCCCUAAGCAGUAUCCCCUUUAUAGGCCUCCAGCACAGUGGUCUUCCUUGCUAGGUGUUACCCAUAGUUCUGACUAUAACAUGUGGAAAAAGGAUGAAUAUGCCAGCAAUGGUGUGCGUGAUUUUGCUGAAAAGGGUGAAGCAUGGACAUUAAUGAAGGAAAUAGAAGCAGCUGGAGAAAAAAUUCAAAGUGUGCAUGGAAUCUUCUCAGCUCCUGCCAUUUCCAGUGGUACAGGACAAACCUUCGCGGAAUUAGAAGCACAUUCAAGACACUCCUUAGUUUCUUUUGUUGUACGAAUUGUGCCCAGCCCUGAUUGGUUUGUGGGUGUUGACAGUCUAAAUCUAUGUGAGGGAGAUCAUUGGAAAGAACAAGAAACAGUAGAACUUUUUCCAUAUGAUGCUGGAACAGACAGUGGUUUCACAUUUUCCUCACCAAACUUUGCCACUAUUCCACAGGAUACUGUUACAGAGAUCACUUGUUCCUCUCCAAGUCACCCAGCAAACUCAUUUUAUUAUCCCAAGCUAAAAAGUUUGCCACCUAUUGCUCGAGUAACCAUUGUAAAACUUAAAAGAAACCAGCUGGGUCUUCCUGGUCCUCAGCCUAACCUGACUGCGGUAGGCAAUGAAAUAGAUGACUCUGUCUCAGAAACACCAUUGGACUGUGAGAUUUCACUGUGGUCUUCCUGGGGUCUUUGCAGAGGUACUUGUGGAAAGAUAGGGACCAAAACCAGAACUCGUUAUGUACGCCUUCAACCUGCCAAUAAUGGAACUCCUUGUCCAAACCUGGAUGAAGAAACAGAAUGUGAACCAGACAAUUGUGUCUGAAGUCUCCUUUCCAAUGGAAUAAAGAAUAGACGAUAAUUUAGAUCAUUUAAAUUAAGGUUAGAUUUAGUUGAAUCUAUACUCCAUGUCAGUCACUAUUCCUUAUAAUUCAGGUAUGUUGUAAUGUUUUAUUGAAAUGUUUAAUUAGACUGGAUGCUGAUUCUAUUGUUUGAUAUCAAGACUUUUUUUAAUUACUUAAUUUUAGUCCAACAGUUUUUGAUCAUUUACAGGGAAAACAAAACAAAAUCCACGGAACCCAUUCCUUUCUACAAAUAUUGUGUAAGUUCUUGCAGUACCAUCUAGUGGCAGGAAAGAAAAUUUUGGACAUACUGCACAGUUCAUUUAUGUUAACAAAUCUUUUGAGUACAAUCUAGAUUAUCACAUACAUUCUUAAAUAUUAGAAUUUGUAGAUUUAAAUUUGUUUAUUUAUAUCUGUAAAGCUAAUUAUUAUGUUGCUGUAAAUUAUGUUUUAUUAUAAUUUAUUGGCAUUAAUGUUGACUUCUUUUAUCAUGUUUAAUUGAGUACACUUCUUUGGAAAACACUUAUAUAAACCAGAGUGACCAGAUAUUGUAACAUAGUUAGGACAAUAAAAUAACUGCGUAAA